CCUCCCAUUUACAAAUCCCCAAUUCCCCAAACCCUACGUAAUAGGAAUUGAUUCUCCACAUCUGUGUUUGUGAAUUGAAUCUAAUCAUCUCGUGUGUGUGGUAAUGGCGGAGCACUUAGCAUCGAUAUUCGGGACAGAGAAAGACAGGGUGAAUUGUCCAUUCUACUUCAAAAUCGGAGCAUGCAGACACGGUGAUCGGUGUUCGAGGCUGCACACGAAACCUAGCAUCAGCCCCACAAUCUUACUCUCAAACAUGUACCAACGACCCGACAUGAUCACCCCCGGCGUCGACGCCCACGGCCACCCCAUCGACCCCCGCAAGAUUCAGGAUCACUUCGAGGAGUUCUAUGAAGACCUUUUCGACGAACUCUCCAAAUACGGCGAAAUUGAAAGCCUCAACGUCUGUGAUAACCUCGCCGAUCACAUGGUGGGUAAUGUAUACGUUCAGUUCAGAGAGGAAGAACACGCUGCAAAUGCUGUUAGAAACCUAACUGGAAGAUUUUACGCUGGUCGGCCAAUUAUUGUUGACUUCUCUCCGGUAACGGAUUUUCGCGAGGCUACUUGCAGGCAGUAUGAGGAGAAUACUUGCAACCGUGGUGGUUAUUGCAACUUCAUGCACUUGAAAAGAAUUAGCAGAGAAUUGAGGCGCCAAUUGUUUGGGAAGCAUCAUGGGAGGCGCAGCCGAAGUAGAAGCAAGAGUCCUUACAGGCAUAGGAGCCAUGAGGACCGGUCUCAUCGCAGCCAUAGCAGAAAGUAUGAUGACAGAGACUAUCAUCAUGAGAGCCGUAGUAGGAAACACCGGAGCACAAGUCCUGGACAUAAGAGAGGACGAACGCGCAGCCGAAGUCCUGGAGGAAGGAAGAAUCGUAGUCCGGUUAGAGAUGGCAGUGAGGAGAGACGUGCAAGAAUUGAGCAGUGGAACAGGGAGAGGGAAGAGCAAGAACAUGCAAGUAAGGUUAAUACUGAGGAAAUCAACAAUGGGUACACGCAAAACGAUAGCAAAUAUCGUGGGUAUAAGCAGCAACAGCAACCUCCUCAAGAGGGAUACUGAGCGGUUUAUGUUAUUAUGGUUUGUGUUCUCUCUCUCUUUUUUACGUAUUUCUAUAGCCCUAGGCAGGAGUUUUUAUUCUAGCAUAGGCCACCCACUGAAUUAAUAUAGCUCACCGCUUUCCACUGUGCAGGUGGUGCAGGUGCACUGUUCUAUGAUAUGGAAUGUGUUUUCUUCUCCCCCACCCCUAUACCUUCUUUAUCUUUUGGGAUUUUCCAUGUUUUUUUGUGCAAGAUGUUUGCUGUAUUAAAUGUCUGGACCACUUUAUCUAUGUUUUCCAAAAUAUUUUACCACUUUGAACCAUAACAACCCUCACCUCUACCCUCGCAAAAUCGGGAAGCCUUGGACACUUGGUUUGUCCUUUUGAACCAUUUUUUCUUACACAAAUCUCACAAGCUAGUUCUGUUGCAUUCUUUGGUAGGCUGGCUAUCUUCAGUGAUAUAAUAUAUUGGAAAUGAGUUCUUUCUUGUUUCUACUGAAUGUGUGAAGUUGAGCUGAAAAUGAAGGGAAAAUGUUUUUUUUUUUUUUUUGCCUUGCGCUGUUCCUAUAAAUUUAACUAUCCUCUAACCAGGAAUUCUUUUGGGUUGUUUCUUUCAAAAUCGUUUUUCCUUGCUGCCAUGUCAUUCAUGUUGGUUUCUUCAAAUGUGGUGACAGUUUCUUUACAUUUCCGUGUCCUUCACUAAUUGCAGAAUAGUCUUAAGGCAUUCUGGCUAUAUAGUCCUGAAAAAAUAAAAAUAAAAAUAACCUCUUGUUUUGAUGACUAGAGGUUUGUAAGCUAGCUAAUGUGAUGUUUUUUCUCUCGACCUUUUUCUGCAAGAAAAUGGGGUGCCCCCUUUCUCAACUGGCUAAUUAUUAACGUUCAAUAACUCGUGUAUGCUUAUUACCAUGGUUGAUUUGCAGUUGGUGCAUGUAUGUAUUAUUUUACAGUCAGGGACAUUGAUCACCAUCAUACAUGAAGACUUGUGAACGACCAAACUCAACAGUUCUAUAGGGGUUUUUGUUUUCUAUGAGUUCUGUUGUAUAACUCUUUUGGAAUUUGAAAUAGCGUUGUCUUACAUUAUGAUAUGAGUUUUGCAGGUUCAGGUAUCCCUGCGUCUAAGAACCGAGCAAUUGAGUUAAUUGCAGUUUACCGUGGAAUUUGUGUACAGGUUCAGCGUACGCUGUGGGAGGAUGUUUUAAUGGAUCUUUCAGGUUUUGUUUUGGAGAUCUUCAUAUGCACUUUCAGCUGGCAAGUAAUCGCGUUAGGAUGCACUUGUAGCUGAAGCCUUCUUUCAUAUGGGUUUUCUUAUAAUUGCAGGCUGAGGAACAUAGCUUUAUUUUUCUUUUAUUUAUUUUUUUCUGUUUCCUUCUAUAUUAGGAUGCUUUCUUACUAUGUAAGCUUUAGGUGUCUAUUGAAGACCAACCUUGGAACUUAAUUAUUUGUAUGAGCUUGUAAAAUUGUUACUUUUAGGAUGUAGGUUUUGGACGUUUUGAGCAUUAAUGCCAUGCAUGUUUUUCCUUA